UCGUCGUCGUCUACGAUGCGCCUCCUCCUCCCCCUCCUCUUCCUCUCCUCCUCUGCGCACGCCCUGCAGCUCUCCGCGAUAUCGUCGCCGAGAGUCGCCGCGCCGCGGGCGUGCACGCCUUGGCUCAGCAGCAGGGCGAGGCUCAGCCGGGCGCGCGCAGCGCCGGUGGCCCAGGCGACGGCGGAACCGGCUCCGACGAGGAUGGGCUCGGUCGUCGCGGGCACGUACACGGGCGUGAUGCAAUUCACCUUUGCCGCCGCGUGCGCUUCGAUCAUCUUUGCUCCGGUUGGGCUGCCGCUGGCGAUCGGCAUCCAGCACGGACUGGUCGGCUUUGUCGUCACGCAGGCGGUCGUCGCCAGGACGACCAGCGUGCGCGGCGGAGUCGCGCUCGCGGUGCCCUCCUUCGAGGUCCUCCCCUUCCUCGCGCGCUUCGCCGUCAUCGCGGCGGGCGCCGUCGGCGCCGGCGCCGGGCCGGGUGUGCUGCUCGCGACGGUGCUCGCGGGCAGCAUCGUCGCCAACCUGCUCGCCGCCGCGCUCCUCGCCCUGGCCUCGGAGGCGCCGGUCGACAACAUCGACCGCCUGCUGCCGCCGCCGCUGCAGGCGGGCCUCUUCGCCGCCAUCGGCUGGUCCCUCUACCUGCUCUCCUUUGACGUGCUCGGGCUGGGCGCGGGCGCGCUGCUGACGUUGCAGAGCGCGCGGCUGUGGGUGCCCGCCAACCUCUUCGGCCUCGGCCUCUGGAGGGCCUCGCGCAAGGGCGUAGGCGGCCCGCUCCUCAUCCCAAUCUUCAUCCUCGCCGUCAGCGCGCUCGUGCACGGCUUGCGGCUGGCCACAGGCUGUCCGGUGCCGGACGCGCGCGCGGCGGGCUGGCUGAUGGCCGAGGUUGUCGGCGAGCCCGCCUCCGCCCUGUGGCGCUCCCUCUCGCCCUCGCUCGUCCGAUGGGACGUCCUCUUCUCCGCGGCGGCCCUCAAGCAGCUCGUGCCGCUCGUGAACACUGUGCUCAACUAUGUGCUGUACGGGCCGCUCAUCCGGCAGAAGCUCGACCUCAAGACGGCUCCAGCCCCAGCCCCCCCAGUCGACUCGACCCGGCCCUCCGCAUGGGAGCUCCGCUCCCACGCCCUCGGCACCGCCGCCGCCGCCGCCGCGGGUGGCUACUCGAGCUACCUCGGCCUGUCCGACUCCGCCAUCCACCGCAAGAUCGGUGGCCUCGACCGCUUCUCUUGCUACUUUGCGGCGGCGGUGAGCGCGCUCUUCCUCUGCGCCUACCCGCUCUGCGGCCUCGUCGGCUACCUGCCGACCCUCGCCAUCGCCGGCAUCUGCGUGUACGUCGGGUGCGAUUUCCUGUACGACAACCUCGUCGAGGCGACCCGCGCCAACGGCGCGAGGGCGGGUCUGGCCGCGGCGACCGUGCUCGCCGUCUGCGUCUGGAAGGACAUGCUGCACGGGUCGCUGCUGGGCAUCGCGGGCGCCCAGGCGUGCGGGUGGUGGCAGCGCCGGCAGCAGCGCCGGGCGGGCAAGGAGUGA